CCAUAUCGAGCUUGCCUACCCAAGGAGCCGUCCAUUCAAGCCGAAUAAGGCUCGGACAGACAACCUUGAUGGGCUGCUGCCUUGGAGCAUACGUAAUGCGCCUAAUCGACUCCCGUCUCCUGAGGCAAGUACGAGUUUGGACGGACUGCAACUCAAUGCCACACGCCAAGGACUUGAACCUCCUCGCCUCGGAUGACACUUUGUAGUAAUCUACGCCUGUUUCUUUUUCAUGAGUUCCAUCUUGCCAAUUGCUGGGUCGCACGGACUGCUUCCCCGCGCUCGAGACACGUCAAAUGGCCCCUGCUAUGCAUCUCUGCCAGACCCUUACAGGACGGAAGAUGUAUUGUACAGUACUUACCUCGGCCAAGUACUACAGAGCUAAGCUUCAUCGACCUUGCCCUCCUGGCCAUCUUCAUUCUGGGUGUGGUCCGACACACGCACCAGCAAGCCCACCAACCAGGAAGCUUUAUCUCGACUCCCGUAUAUCAAGCUCCUCCCGGGAACCCCCAGUAUCAAUACCAGCAACCUCAACCGCAGUCACAGUAUAGUCAGCAACAACAAGCACACCAGUACCAGCAACAGUACCAACAGCAAUAUCUACAGCAAACCCCAGCACCACCCCUCGACCUGAAGAACGCAGUCCCAACCGCCACCGCCUCACCGAGAUCCAUCACCACCGCCCUGAGCCAGCGGUAUCCGUACGACCGGAGCAACCGCAUCGACGUCAUCAAGCGGCUGUGCGCCGUGCAGCACCCGGACGGCCACUGGGACUACAGUGCUGAGCUCGCUGAGCUGGUCAAGCUGUGGGGCGGGCGAGAACUGGGGCCGACGCCGCAGGGCGCCACGGCCCUGACGCACGCGUGCCUCACGGACCUCUGCGCCCACGUCUGGGCCGCCCAGCGCGACGGCCGCGAGCACGCCGCCCUGACCCCCGCCGAGCUCGCCAGCCUGCAGCUCGUCAACUGGGAUCUGAGCUGGGCCGGCAACGCCCUCGAGCGCGCCACGGCGUGGAUGAGUGGGUAUAGAUAGGUACCUAUAUUUUGGUCCGCAAAAUUCGUGACUGAUUUGUCUCUAUUAUUCUUCUCCUUUCUUUUGGACAAAUAUUAAUUUCGUUUUGAGAGAACAAAAAACUUAAGUUGGUCUAAGUAAUCUAGGAGAACACAAGGAAUUCGAAAAAAAGAUACUCCGGAAUUUUAUAUUUCUCCUUUUCUUUCUCUAGGUUAUAUAAGCUAGACGGCUUGGUAGAUGGGAGAGAGGAAGAGAGUAGUUUUGUUCUCUCAUCAUUGGCACACCCCUAUAUAAAACCUCAGCCCUCACAUCACAACGACGUAUCGUACUCCUGGGGCCCUAACUAUCUGCGAUUGGCAGCCCCUGACGUGAUAUCAAAUACUCGUCCCAAACCUCGUGGUUCAAGAUUU